UCCAAAUGGUUUCGCUCUCCACCUCAACGAACCACACGCAUCCGUUCCCGCCGGCGUUUAAUCGCCGUCCGGCGACGACCACUCGACAAGUACGGUGCGUGUCCAUUUCUUCGGACGAAUCCGAACCUACAGUUCCUUCUCCUUCCGAUAUGAGCACUCGUGGUUUGGCUGUAACGGAGACGAGGCAGAGAAAGUGGCUUAUCGAUGCGGAGGAGAUGAAGAAGAGAGAGGCAACGGAGAGGAGGGAGGAGAAAAACAUGAAACUCGCGUCGAGGAAGGCGAUGUCGUUGAUACUGCGGAGAGAGGCGACGAAGGCGGUGAUCGAGAAGAAGAGAGGACCAAAAGGCUCGAAGAAGCUGCUUCCGAGGACCGUGCUUGAGGCUCUUCACGAGAGGAUAACCGCUCUCCGGUGGGAAUCUGCUCUUCAGGUGUUUGAACUGUUGCAAGAACAGCUGUGGUACCGACCAAAUGUUGGCAUCUACAUCAAGCUAAUUGUCAUGCUUGGGAAAUGCAAGCAACCAAAAAAGGCACAUGAACUCUUUCAGGCCCUGGUUGACGAAGGUUGUAUUGUAAAUCACGAGGCUUACACGGCACUUCUAUCAGCUUAUAGCAGGAGUGGCCGCUUCAGUGAGGCAUAUUCCCUUCUUGAACGCAUGAAGAGCACUCCUAACUGCCAACCAGAUGUGCACACCUAUUCCAUCCUCAUUAAGUCAUGUCUUCAGGUUUCUGCCUUUGACAAGGUUCAGGCUCUGCUUUCUGAUAUGAGAAGACAGGGUAUUCAACCCAAUACGAUCACAUAUAAUACCCUCAUUGAUGCAUAUGGGAAAGCGAAAAUGUUUGUGGAGAUGGAAUCAACACUUAUCCAAAUGCUUGGAGAGAAGGACUGCAAGCCUGAUGUUUGGACGAUGAACUCAACCCUUAGAGCUUUCGGCGGCAAUGGGCAGAUAGAAAUGAUGGAGAAAUGUUAUGAGAAGUUUCAGAGUUCUGGGAUCGAACCAAACAUCAAAACCUUCAAUAUUCUCCUCGAUUCAUACGGGAAAACUGGAAACUACAAGAAAAUGAGCGCUGUAAUGGAAUUCAUGCAGAAGUAUCAUUAUUCAUGGACUAUAGUCACCUACAAUGUGGUCAUUGAUGCAUUUGGGAGAGCGGGUGACUUAAAACAGAUGGAGUACUUGUUUAGGUUGAUGCAAUCAAACUUCACGGUACAAGAAAGGAAAGGAUCUAUCAAUACUUGUUGCAUCAUUCCUGAACAGAGAAGAGCGGGUAAAGCAGAUAAAAUUGCAGGAGUCUUGCGCUUUAUCGAGAAUUCCGAUAUCAGAUUAGACAUUGUGUUCUUUAACUGUCUGGUAGACGCAUACGGGAGAAUGGAAAAGUUUGCAGAGAUGAAAGGUGUUCUUGAAGUAAUGGAUAGAAAGGGAUCUAAACCUGACAAGAUCACAUACAAAACGAUGAUGAAAGCUUACAGAAUUAGUGGCAUGACCAGCCAUGUCAAGGAGCUUACUGCUUUGGUUGAGUCGACUGAUGAAGGCCAAGCUGGGUCGAAGAAGCCCGAUUUUUAGCAGAGGAAUGGAGCACCUUUUCUGUCUGUAUGUGCCGAAGAAGCAAGAUAUGAGAGUUGAAGGUUGUACGCUUCUUUCAGUUGAGCCAAAACUUCGGCAAUAGAUGGUCUUUCUG